AUGGGAAAUUCUAAAUUCUACAUUUUAGUUGAUGUAGCAAAAGAUGCAUCUAAUAAAGAACAACUGGCUAUUGUUCUUAGUGUUUCUGCUAAACGCCAUUCAGAGUUAUACAUUACACAUGGUAUUGAGAUUGAACAAUUUAUUGCUAGCGGAGAACGUGAGGCUGGUAGAGGAGCCAAUCAAAUUGGAACCUUACAACGAGCUGCAAAUACUAUGUGGGGCUCUCACUUUAAUAGUAUUUUUAUCAUGAUUGAUAAAUAUGAUCCAGUAAUAACUGUGUUAGAAGGAAUUAACAUUUGUGACACUACUUCGGUAUCUAUGCGUGGGGAAGCUAGAGGUUCUUUAAGAGCAUUGAAAUCAUUCAAGUUUUUAUUUGUGCUUCACUUCAUGCAUAAGAUUAUGGGCAUUAAAGAUUUACUUUGUCGGGCAUUACAAACUAAAUCAAUUGACAUUUUGAAUGCCAUGGAUUUAGUUGCAACAACAAAAGAAUUACUUCAUUUUUUGAGAGAUAGUGGCUUUGAUGUCAUCCUUUAUACUGUCAUGUCAGUUUGUGAGAAGUUUGGCAUUGAUUUCCUAGAUAUGAGUGCUCGAUAUAUGAAUGAUCUUUGUAGAACUUUUAAAGUUAAGUUCAUCUUUAGAGCCAAAGAACAGUUCAGAUUGUUUGAUAUUGAGAAGAUUUGCACCCUUGCUAGCAAAUUUUAUCCUGCUGAUUUCGAUCAACAAGAGUUGUACCACUUCCGGCUUCAACUUGAGUUUUACAAGGUUAAUGUUAUUAGGCAUAGGAAGUUUCAGAAUUUAUCGACUCUCACUGAUUUAUGUCUACAGCUAGUUGACACAAGUAAGUCGGAACAUUACAGUAUGAUCUACAGGUUGAUCUGUCUUGUGUUGACUCUCCCGAUUUCUACAGCUACCACAGAGCGAGCAUUUUCAGCUAUGAAACUAGUUAAGACGAUUCUUUGA